GGGCCAGAGGAAGAGGAGGGCCAGAGGAAGAGGGGGGACAAAGGAAGAGGAGGGCCAAGGCACGAGGAGGAGCGCGAGGAGGAGGAGCCCCGAGCCCACGCGGUUGCCUCGCUGCGGCCGCGGCUCGCCCGCAUCCGCCGGCAUCGCCCCCCCGGCAGCCGCAGAGCAGGAGCCGAGCAUGGAGAGCAGGGAGGACAAAUCCCCGCGGCAGAACCCGGCGGCAGAGGCCGUGGGGAGCGGCUGCACGGCGCGGGAAGGCGGCGGGGAGGAAAAGCCCCGGAGAUGCCUCAGCAGGAGGGGCUGCAAAGGCAGAGCGCGGGGAGGCGAGGGGGAAAGAGCCGGGCCGGGCCGGGGAGGCGGCCGGAGCUCGGAGCUGGGGGUCCCUGAGCAGCCCCAGGAUGGGGAGAAGCCCCACACGUGCUCGCAGUGUGGGAAGAGCUUCAAGUGCAGAUCCUAUCUGGUUGAGCACGUCAGAAUCCACACAGGAGAGAGGCCCUACGAGUGCGACAAAUGCAAGAAGAGGUUCCAGACCAGCUCCGCUCUCCUCGUGCACCGGCGCACUCACACCGGGGAGAAGCCCUUCCUCUGCCCCGACUGCGGGAAGGGGUUCAGUCAGAAGUCCAACCUCAUCACCCACCGGCGCAUCCACACCGGCGAGAAGCCCUACGAGUGCGGGCAGUGCGGGAAGAGCUUCAGGACCAACUGCCAGCUGGUUGCCCACCAGCGGAUGCACACGGACGAGCGGCCCUACGAGUGCGGGCAGUGCGGCAAGAGCUUCAGGACAAACGGCCAGCUGGUUCUCCACCGGUGGAUCCACACGGGAGAGCGGCCCUACAAGUGCGGGCAGUGCGGGAUGAGCUUCGCCCUGCGCUCCCGGCUGAUUUUACACCAGAGGAGCCACCCGGGGCAUUGGUGGGGGUCCGAGGGGGAGAGACCCUCGCUGGGCCGGAGCUCGGAGCUGGGGGUCCACCAGCAGCUCCAGGAGGGGGGGAAUCCCCACAAGUGCUCGGUGUGUGGGAAGAGCUUCAGGUGUAAAUCCUCCGCGGAGGAAAAGCCCCGGAGAUGCCUCAGCAGGAGGGGCUGCAAAGGCAGAGCGCGGGGAGGCGAGGGGGAAAGAGCCGGGCCGGGCCGGGGAGGCGGCCAGAGCUCGGAGCUGGGGGUCCCUGAGCAGCCCCAGGAUGGGGAGAAGCCCCACACGUGCUCGCAGUGUGGGAAGAGCUUCAGGUGGAGAUCCUCCCUGAUCCGCCACUGCAGGAUCCACACGGGAGAACGUCCCUACGAGUGCGGGGAGUGCGGGAAGAGCUUCAACACCAGCUCGUACCUGAUCGUCCACCAGCGCGUCCACAGCGGGGAGAGACCCUACGAGUGUGGGCUGUGUGGGAAGAGCUUCAUGCUGAGCUCUCACCUCAUUGUCCACCAGAGGAAUCACACGGGAGAGAGGCCCUACGAGUGCGACAAAUGCAAGAAGAGGUUUCAGACCAGCUCCACUCUGCUCAGUCACCAGCGCAUCCACACCGAGGAGAGGCCCUUCCGCUGCCCCGACUGCGGGAAGGGGUUCAGGGAAAAAUCCACCCUGGUCACCCACCGGCGCACCCACACCGGGGAGAGGCCCUACGUGUGCGGGCUGUGCGGGAAGAGCUUCAACACCAGCUCCUACCUGAUGGUGCACCAGAGGAUGCACAGCGGGGAACGGCCCUACGAGUGCGGGCAGUGCGGGAAGAGCUUCACCCGCAGCUCGCAGCUGAUCGUGCACUACCGGAGCCACACCGGGGAACGGCCCUACGAGUGUCCCCGGUGUGGGAAGGGCUUCACCUGUAGCUCCAACCUGAUCGUCCACCAGAGGAGCCACGCGGAGGAGAGGCCCUACGAGUGCGAUCAGUGCAAGGAGAGGUUUCAGAGCAUCGGUGAUCUCGUCGUGCACCAGCGUUCUCACACGGAGGAGAAACCCUUUCGCUGUCCUGAUUGCGGGCAGGGCUUUGAGCACAACUCCAGCCUCAACGAGCAUCAGUGCACCCACACCGGGGAGAGCCCCUGCGAGUGUGGGGAGUGUGGGAAGAGCUCGAGUGAGGGCUCCAGCCUGGUUGUCCACCAGAGGAACCACACUGGGGAGAGGCCCUACGAGUGCGAUCAAUGCCAGAAGAGGUUUUACACCAGCUCCGCUCUGCUCAGCCACCAGCGCUCUCACGCCGAGGAGAGGCCCUUCGUGUGCCCCGAGUGCGGGCAGGGCUUCAGGCACAACUCGGCGCUCGUCAUCCACCAGCGCAUCCACACCGGGGAGAGGCCCUACGAGUGUGAUCAGUGCUGGAAGAGUUUCCACUCCACGUCCGAUCUCCUCCUGCACCAGCGCAUCCACACGGACGAGAGGCCCUUCCGCUGCCCCGAUUGCGGGGUGGGCUUCAAGCACAACUCCUCCCUCGUCAAGCACCGGCGCACCCACACCGGGGAGAGGCCCUACGAGUGCUGGCAGUGCGGGAAGAGCUUCAGCACGACCUUCAGCCUGAUUGUGCACCACAGGAUCCACACGGGAGAGCGGCCCUACGAGUGCGGGCAGUGCGGCAAGAGCUUCAGCCAGAGCUCCGGGCUGAUCGCCCACCAGAGGAUCCACACCGGGGAGCGGCCCUACCGGUGCGGGCAGUGCGGGAAGAGCUUCACGCAGAGCUGUAACUUGACCAAACACCAGAUGCAGAAGAGGUUUCAGACCAGCUCCACUCUGCUCAGUCACCAGCGCAUCCACACCGAGGAGAGGCCCUUCCGCUGCCCCGACUGCGGGAAGGGGUUCAGGGAAAAAUCCACCCUGGUCACCCACCGGCGCACCCACACCGGGGAGAGGCCCUACGUGUGCGGGCUGUGCGGGAAGAGCUUCAACACCAGCUCCUACCUGAUGGUGCACCAGAGGAUGCACAGCGGGGAACGGCCCUACGAGUGCGGGCAGUGCGGGAAGAGCUUCACCCGCAGCUCGCAGCUGAUCGUGCACUACCGGAGCCACACCGGGGAACGGCCCUACGAGUGUCCCCGGUGUGGGAAGGGCUUCACCUGCAGCUCCAACCUGAUCGUCCACCAGAGGAGCCACGCGGAGGAGAGGCCCUACGAGUGCGAUCAGUGCAAGGAGAGGUUUCAGAGCAUCGGUGAUCUCGUCGUGCACCAGCGUUCUCACACGGAGGAGAAACCCUUUCGCUGUCCUGAUUGCGGGCAGGGCUUUGAGCACAACUCCAGCCUCAACGAGCAUCAGUGCACCCACACCGGGGAGAGCCCCUGCGAGUGUGGGGAGUGUGGGAAGAGCUCGAGUGAGGGCUCCAGCCUGGUUGUCCACCAGAGGAACCACACUGGGGAGAGGCCCUACGAGUGCGAUCAAUGCCAGAAGAGGUUUUACACCAGCUCCGCUCUGCUCAGCCACCAGCGCUCUCACGCCGAGGAGAGGCCCUUCGUGUGCCCCGAGUGCGGGCAGGGCUUCAGGCACAACUCGGCGCUCGUCAUCCACCAGCGCAUCCACACCGGGGAGAGGCCCUACGAGUGUGAUCAGUGCUGGAAGAGUUUCCACUCCACGUCCGAUCUCCUCCUGCACCAGCGCAUCCACACGGACGAGAGGCCCUUCCGCUGCCCCGAUUGCGGGGUGGGCUUCAAGCACAACUCCUCCCUCGUCAAGCACCGGCGCACCCACACCGGGGAGAGGCCCUACGAGUGCUGGCAGUGCGGGAAGAGCUUCAGCACGACCUUCAGCCUGAUUGUGCACCACAGGAUCCACACGGGAGAGCGGCCCUACGAGUGCGGGCAGUGCGGCAAGAGCUUCAGCCAGAGCUCCGGGCUGAUCGCCCACCAGAGGAUCCACACCGGGGAGCGGCCCUACCGGUGCGGGCAGUGCGGGAAGAGCUUCACGCAGAGCUGUAACUUGACCAAACACCAGUGCAGCCAGCACUGCGGGCCGCCCAGGGCGCAGGAAGAGCUCCGGGCGCUGAUCCAGCUGCCUCCCCUGUGGGAGGAUCCGGGCUGGAUGAUCCCCAGGGAGCCCCGGUGAUCCCUGGUGCUGCUGAUCAUUCUUGGGAAGACCCUUGCCUGCGCGGGCCCGGCGCUCCCUGAGGCGGCGGCGGCGGCUCCGGCGGCUCCUUUGUUCCCCCCCGCCGGCACCGGGCUCUGGAUCGCGUCGGGAUCGGGCCGGGAUGAGCCCCGGGAAGGGCUCCGGGAAGGGCUCCGGCUCCGCCUGGCGUUAGGAGCUCGUCCCUGCGAGGCAUCGAGGACUACCAUGCCCUUAGGUGCCCGUUCCCAGCUCCUGAUGUGAGAUGGCCACUCCAGAGCCCCCCCUGGGCGGGACCCCCCGGCCUGGCCCCUCCCCCGGGCCCGGCCCCUCCCCGGGGUCGAUGCUGGGCCCCUCCCCCGGCCCCUCCCCCGGCUCCGGCCACUCCGGCCACUCCGGCCACGCGCUGCCGGCCCCGGGCUACGCGCCGGACACCAUCCACCCCCUGCACAAG